AUGGGCACAGAUGCAACAGCUGCUGGGUUUGCUUCCAAACUUGGGGUUGUUGGCGGCAUCAUCGACACCUCCCCCAGCAUCUUCAGUGCCUCCAACUUCUUUGGCGGCGGCUUCUUUGGCUUCUUCGGCACCAUCCCCAGCAGCUCCUCCAACUUUGUUGGCGUUGGCGGCGUCGUCGGCACCUUCCCCGGUAGCUCCUCCAGCUUCCUUUGCUCCAGCGUCGUCGGCACCUCCCCCUGGGCAUUUGAAUUGGUGGAAGCUCAAUUGAAGUCCGACCAGAAGAAGAGAGCCUGA